ACGUGCCGCUUCGCCAUGAAGCUCCUCUCCAAGAGGCAAGAGCUGUGGCUUUGCCUAGGUAUGGCUGUGGGGCUUGCCAUGGGAUUUACCUUCAUCUACGUCUUCAGGCCAGAACAGAGCACGUCAGCGCUGGUGCAAACAACCAACUACUAUCAUCACUCAGUGGAGGACAACGCGAUCGCGGCCGAGCUGUACAGCAAGGUGCGGAUCCUGUGCUGGGUCAUGACAGGCCCCAGCAACCUGGAGACCAAGGCCCGGCACGUCCAGGCCACGUGGACACGGCACUGCAAUGUGGUGCUGUUCAUGAGCUCGGUGCGGGACGACAGCUUCCCCACCGUGGGGCUGGAUACCAAGGAAGGCCGGGACCAGCUGUACUGGAAAACCAUCCGGGCCUUCCAGUACGUCCACCAGCACCACCUGGAGCAGGCCGACUGGUUCCUCAAGGCGGACGACGACACCUUCGUGGUGCUGGAAAACCUGCGCUGGCUGCUGGCCAACCACACGCCUGAGACGCCCGUCUACUUCGGGAAGCGCUUCAAGCCCUUCGCCAAGCAGGGCUACAUGAGCGGCGGGGCCGGCUACAUCCUCAGCAAGGAGGCCCUGAGGCGCUUCGUGGAGGGCUUCAGGACCCAGGUGUGCAGCCACACCACCUCAGUGGAGGACCUGGCGCUGGGCCAGUGCAUGGAGAAGAUGGGGGUGCAGGCAGGGGACUCCCGGGACACCAAGGGGCGGGAGACUUUCCACCCCUUCUCCCCAGAGAAGCACUUGAUGGAGAAUCUCCGGAUAGAUUCCUUUUAUCCCAGCUACUCCUUCUACCCCAUCCUGGUGGGCACCCAGAGCUGCUCGGAUUUAUCCAUCUCCUUCCACUACGUCAAACCGGAGGAGAUGUACAUGUUGGAAUACUUGAGCCAACACCUGCGCCCGUACGGAUACCGGCCCCGCUACCAGCCGGCGUGA